AUGGCGCCUCCUCCACCUGUGACGCCAUCUCCUCAUCGAUUCGUGAUCAAGAAGCAAGCCCCUGCAAGAAACGCCCCUCUACUGCCUGAGCAAACACCGCGUCCCAGUACCCAGCUUUUCAAUGCCACUCCACGGUUCACCUUCUCUUCAACGCCCAGGCCUACAGCAACACCGACUGCGCCUACGCCUACACCAUAUUCAUCGCGUUAUGUGACUCCAGCGCGCCAAAUCCCCAAGGAGGAAGACAUUAUCGACUCUUCGUCGGAUGACAUCCUGGAAGAUGUGCAGCAAUCAAUCGAGACGCAGGAUCGAAAUAUAGAUCCGGGAUACCUAUCGACGGAUGUGGAGGAUGAUUACAAUAUAGAAGAACGCAGCCCGAAGCGUAUGCGGCUCUCAUCUUCUCCAGUCCCCCAAGAGAAUGAUCAAGCUCUGGAACAGCAAGAGAAUAUUACUUCUGACGAGUCCUCUCCCGUCCCUUCUCUCUCCUCUCCUCCUGCAGCGCGUCCCCCCGUCUCCUCGACAGCACCGCGAUUCCUGCCCUCAACACGAGUACCACAAUCUACACCUCAGCCAAGCCAGACCACAUUUCUCAAACCCCCUAGGUUUCGACCACCAGACAUCCCCGAACAAGCACAAUCGAAUACAGACCCGCUCCCCGAGCAAUUCUCGCCGCAUAGACGGGGUCAGAAGUAUGUGCCAGGAGGCUUGGCUGCUGAGGUCAGAGACUGGUUGGUCAAUAUUGAGUCUGCAAUACCCUGGAAUUCGGCACAGAAGAAAGAUGGUGCAUGGCUUGUGAAGAUUAUGGCCGAUGAGGUUAGUGGUGGUGGAAGAGCGGGAAUGACACUGGUGAGGGGUAAACAAGUCCAAUCUGGUGACUUGGAGGGCACUAUUACUACUAUGGGAGAAAGAAAGAUCGUUUUGGCGGGACAGGGAGAGGGCACCGGUUUGCAGAAGGGCAGUGAAGUCGAGGUGGGAUCAAUUGUCGGAAUCAAAGGUCCGGUAUGGGAGGUGGUGAUAGAAGGGGAGAAAUGGGGAGUUGGGGUUGAUUGGAAGGUUUUGCCUUGA